AUGUCUGAAUCCGAAAGUGCCGAAGUUAUCGAAGAGACAAAACUUGAUAAUAGCCCUCGAAAACGGGUUAGACAUCGAAAAAAGCAGAUAUAUGAGAAUAUCAUGAAACAAAUGGAAUUCUACUUUAGCGAUGCUAAUCUUAGUAAAGAUAGAUUCUUAGGGGGUUUAGUUAAAAACGAUCCCUUUGUACCAAUAACAGAGUUUUUGAAAUUUAAUAAGAUUCGAUCUAUGACUCAGGAUGUUGGUGAUAUUGUGAAGGCUAUGAAGCAUUCCACUUUUUUGGAAUUAUCAGAAGACAAAACUAAAGUUGCUAGGAAAACUCCCAUGCUUCCAUAUGAUGCGGACCAGAGGACCAUCUAUGUGGAGUCAAUACCAGUUACGGCAAGUCUUAAUUGGCUGGAUAGAGUUUUCUCCGAUUAUGGACAAGUUGCUUAUAUAUCACUGCCAAAGUUUAAGAACUCACAAAAAAACAAGGGUUUUGCAUUCAUAGAAUUCACAUCACCUCAAGACGCUCAAAACUGUAUCAGCACAUUCACUAAAAUGGGAUGUAAAUUACCAUCAUGUAUGCCGCCAGAUGAAUUGUCUUCUAUAAAAAUGUUCAACACAGAACCUGCAACGGAAUUAUCAGAUAACACAGAUGUUAAGGACUACGAGCCGCCUAAGAAGAAAUCUAAAAAGACCAAAGAAAAGAAACCUAAAAGCCUAGACCUCAAACAGGAUGAGUCUGAUAGUGAAAAAAAUUUAGAUACACCAACGGAGGAGUCUAAGGAAAAUAUCUCUACUACGUGUGAGGAAACUAAAACAACAGAUGCAGAAUCCAAAGAUGACAUGACAAGUCACGAUGAAAUGACCGACGAAGUUCCGAGGAAGAAAAAAGUCAAAAAACGCUCAUCUAAAGAAAAGGGCAAAUCUAAGGCUCUAGCUAAAGGUGAAGUGUCCAAAGGAGCUUUGUGGGGUUUGCAAGUGUUACCGAAAUGUGAAUGGAAAGCUCUUAGGAAUAAAUAUCUUAAUUUACAAAGGAAAUAUAUGAAGGAAAUUAAAAGUAAUUGGCAGAAUAGGAAGCACACCUACCCUGGAAUACUACCGCCGGCUCCUGCAAUCGAAGGACCAGUAAAUACCACACCAGAUAUAGAAAGCGGCAAGAAUUUAGAGCCAUUACAACAAAUACCAGGAGUAUUUGUUAAGGAGAAUCUAAAAGAACCUUGUCUAGAUGUGAGGUUACUGAAAAGAACUAUUAAGACUAACAUUCAUGUUCUACAUGUUGAAGCGAAAGAGGGACAGUCUGAAGUCAUAAUACGCUUUGAUUCUUCAAAAGCAGCCGAUGAGUACUGUACUAACAAUACACACGCAUUGGUACUCCGCGGUUCCGACGAGCAAGAGCAAUGGCGGCGCGCGGAGUCAGCACGCGCGUGUAAAAGGACACGAGGACGCACGCGCGUGCUGGCUCGCACCGCACCGCACACACUCGCACCCGCCUCACCGCAACCCACGCACACACAUAUACGAUUUGAUGAAUAA